AUGAUCUAUUUAGAAGAUUUACCAAAUGAACUAAUUUUAUCAUUAUUUUCUUAUUUAACAAAAUUUGAAUUACUUAAAUCAUUUUUAAAAUUAAAUAUACGAUUUAAUAUUCUUCUAUCAAAUUAUAUUCAUCAUAUUAAUUUAUCAUCAAUAUUAACAAAAAAUCAGAUAGAUAAAUAUUCAAAAAACUAUUUUCCUUAUAUAAACAAUGAUAUUUAUUCGUUAACAUUUGAUAAUUAUGAAAUAGGAAAAUAUUUUCUUGAGAAAAUUAAAUUUAUUCAAUUAGAAAAUUUAUAUAAAAUCAAACUUAUUGAUAAUGGAAUUGAUUUACAAGAUGAUUUAUUCGAAAUAUUUAAACCAAAUAUAUUAAAUCUAGUGAUUACAUCAUUAAAUCAAGAGAAAAAACGUUGGAAAUUUUCAUCAACAUCUGUAAAACAAUUACAAAUUGAAUUACAAACAGGAGAUAUUGCAAAAAAUUUUUUAACAAAUCAAUUCGAUGUUAUAUCAACAUCAAUUCUUGUUGAUAUUCGAAUAACAUUUUCAAAACUAUCAGAAUAUUUCCAAUUAUUUAAUUGUCAAUUUUCCAUACAUAUUCACAAACUUUGUGUUUCAAUAUUUUCAAUUGAUAAAACAGAUUAUCAUCAUUUAUCUAUUUUACCGUAUUUAAAUGAAUUUCAAUUAGAAAUUUGUCAAAUUCCAUUUUAUUUAAUUCAAUUUCUUAUUCCAUCAAAUGAAAAUCUUAAACGAUUUGCAUUUAUUGGUCAAACAACAACAAUAAAUGCUAAAUCAUGGAAAAUCUUACUUGAAAAAUAUAUUUCAUUAGAACAAUUUCAUCUUUACUUAUCCAAUAAUAAAUCUAUUGAUUUAUUCGAUAUUGAAGAAUGGAAAUAUGAAUUUCCAAAAUAUUUAGUUAAAUAUAAUUCUUUGAAUAAUUCUUUUCAAAUAUGUUCAUCAAAAUUUGAUAUAUUCGAUAGACUUUAUUUAAAUGAAUCUAUUGAACAUUUAAAUCAUAUUGAAUAUCCAAAUAAAAUAGUCCAUUUAAUAAUACGUAGUCAAUAUUGGUGCUCAUAUUUUGAUUUAUCAUUAAAUAUUCAAAAUGAACUUAUAACGCGUUUCCAUCGUAUUAAACGUUUAUCAACUACAUAUCGACAAUUAGAAUAUUUUCUCAAAUCAAAUUUUUUAAAUCAAAUUCAACAACUUGACUUAGAAUUUUUAGAAAAUUAUUGUGUUAUUCAAACUGAUAUUGCGGAAAAAUUUCUUAAUUUAAAAUCAAUUUCAUUAUCAUCAAUAUACGAUGGAAUACAUGAAUUACAACUUCAUACAAUUAUUAAAGAUAUUUUAUUAAAUAAAUUGUCUAAUAUUAUUUAUAUUUCAAUUGACGCUAUUCAAAUUAUUGAUGAUGAACAUGUUGAAAAUUCUAUAUCUCAAUGGUAUUUAUUAGAAAAUAAUCAACCUAUUAUUAAUUAUAUUCCAGGAAAAUCUCUUUCAAUCUGGUUUUGA